AUGCCUCGUGUUCAGCCGUCUACGCUCGAGUUGGGUCCGGGGGCUACACGCCCUUGGCCGUGUUGCGGUUGCGUGCGGUGCGGUGACCCUUCCGUGCAAUGUUGCAAUCAACGAGGUACUAGCGGAGUGUGUUUUCGUUGUGCCUCGCUACAUCGUCCUUGUGUGUUCCGCUGGAGCGAACCCCCGGGAACCGAGGCGGCUUGCCGCGCCAUAAAACUAACGGGUUCUCCCACGCGUCCUACUACUGACGCUACCUCAUCGGGGUCUUUCGUCUCUAUUCCAUUGGCCCCUGUCCCUCUCAACCGCGAGUUUUUAGAUCUCUUUGAGCGCGGUAUUGUGGCUCUUGAGGGCAUUCAGGCCCGGUUGGAUAACGCUUCCCCUGCCAGCCUGCCUCUCUCUACUGCGGUAGAGACUAUUAACCUCCGGAACGCCCCCGACCCUACGCCUUCCCCUACAAGUCAAGGGAGGGCGGAGAUUGCGAAACUUUUGUCUAACGCACGUACCGCGAGGGACCGUGAAAUUCGACUUGAAAAGGCUGCUGCGGAUGCUGGUGUGCAGUCUCAGGUUACCCAAACUCCUCCUGGGCGGAGGACGCGCUCUGGCACCGGCCCUGCUGCGACUCGUCUCUCGAAGAAGAAGAACGCCAUGACCCCAUCUCAACGUUUGGGACCGCGGGGAGGCCGCUCUGCCGCCACUACUCCUGUGAAGCCCCAAGCUGGCCAGAAACGCCCUUCUAGGGGUCGUUUGGCUCCAGAGCCGCCCCCAAAAUUGUCUAAAGCUGCUGCCACAUUGUUGGCCCGUGCCAAACAGUCUGCGCGUGGUAAGGGCAAUAAUGGUGACUCUGAUGAUGCGGAGGAUACGGGGGACCGAGAGUGGAGUGGUGGGGAGUACGAUGAGUAG